UCGCCACAAUGCUACAACCUUUGCUAAUUUUUAUUAUUCUUGCUUUACUAGUGUCCAUCAAUUUUGUUACAGGCGGUACUUUGCGUUCAAAAUCACGGUCUGAACGAAAUAGCUGGAUAACUGAGGACGCAAUAACUGAGGAUGAAUCGACUGACUAUGAAGAAGAGCUGACUCUAUCCGAUCUCUUUUCUGAUAAUGAGUUUGAGUUCGUAGGUGAUAUGAUAAUUGAAAAGAAAAACGUGGAAGUUGAAUCCUCGGAGGAGGAAGGUGUGCAAAAAAGUGUGGUUAAAAAUAUGAGCAGGAUUUGGCCUAAUAACCAGGUGCCUAUAAAAUUCCACUCAUCAUUAGGAAGAAAAGCUAGAAGAUCUAUUCAAUCAGCUGUCAAUAUUUUAGAAGAUGCAACAUGCAUUUCUUUCCCAAAAUACAACCCAAAUCGACACAAAAAUUAUGUUAUAAUAAAAUCAACAAAGAAAGAUUGCAAGUCGACUGUUGGUUACGUGGAUAAACCGGGACGUAACAUAAUCAACCUCGAAUCUAAAACCCAUUGUGAAGAGCCUAAUACUGUAAUCCAUGAAAUAAUGCACUGUCUUGGAGUAUCUCAUGAACAAAUGAGGUAUGAUCGUGACGAAUACAUUGAAGUUCUGUAUGACAAUCUUGAGUCUGACGCCGUUUCACAAUAUGCUAAACAAAGUAGAAAAGAUUUGGAGACAUAUGGAGAACCCUAUGAUUAUGGCUCGAUUAUGCAUUAUCAAGUGCAUGCAGGAUCUAAGAAUGGUCAACCUGCUUUUCGAGUACUUAGGCAAUAUGAUGAGGCCUAUAUUGGUAACGCGAGAAUUCCCAGCCUUAUAGACUUAAGCAAGCUCAACAAGCUCUAUGGCUGCCCACAACCCGAGACAGUCGAUUCGAGUUCUGGUGAGAUUAACGAUCCACGACCGCAAAAACGCCCACCGCCGCAUCACGUGCACGAUGACGAUUGUACUUGUGAAGAUUCUUAA